AUGUUGAUUCUGGUACGCUGCAUCUAUCGACUGGUGGAGCACUUGGGCAAUACGACCAUAGAGCUCGAUAACGCCGAUUCUCUCCAGACUCUGAGUCCAAUUUUGCGAUACGAGUGGUUCUUCUACGUCUUCGAGGCAGUCCUGAUGCUGAUCAACUCCGUCAUCUGGAACAUAUGGAAUCCGAGCCGCUUUCUACCUAGGGACUAUCACAUCUACUUGUCGCAGGAUGGCACGACCGAGAUCGAGGGACCAAAGAUAGUGGACAACCGGUCGUUUACAAUGAAGAUCCUUCAUCUUCUGUCGUUUGGAAUUCUCUUCCGCAAGAAAAUCGACCAUCAGCAACCUGACGAGUCUGGCAAUUAUCCAGCUACAAACGGUGGACGCCAGACGACGCCAGAUAAUCGUACGCCGCUUGAGUUAAUCAUUUAUCUCCUAUCGUUCGGUAUCCUCUUCCGCAAGAAGAAGGUGGAUAAUCGGCCGUUUCAAGAGCUGGGAAACUACCCGGCUGCGAAUCGUCAGGCUUGA